AUGUCUGAGAAAGAAUUAGAUGCCAAGAGGCACUUCCUCAGAGGAGGAAUCCCUCGCACAAGGAAGGACCUGUACACCACCAUCACAAAGUACAACUCGUACAUCUUUCCCUUUACGCUUGCAGCGACAUUCUUUACGCUCUGGAAGCUGGCCCAUGUCACACAUCACUAUGGCAACGCAGUAUCACCGAAUAACCAUUGGAACUGGGCCACAAUCUUCCAAACCGCAUUACUAGCGGUUGGCCUCAUUGCCCAGAUGCCACCUUACGUAUCUGUCAUCGGUCUUUGCAUGCCCAUGCGACCUGCAGCGAAUGCUCAAGCCCCGGUUAAGCGCGACUUCCGCAGUCUAAGGGUGUGCCUGGUGACCAAAGGCACGAACUUUGAUACCGUUAUGAGAGCAACUCGAGCCUGGGCUCAGCUUCAGAACAUCCCCGGUGUGCGGUUCCAUGUCGUCCUCGAUGACGAGAAGAGGGAAGUGCAGUUCCGUCAGGCGCUGCCGUCCUUCGUUCAGAUCAUCGUGGUCCCGUCCGCCUUUACUCCCAACAAGGCCAAGUACAAGGCCCGCGCUCUUGAGUUCUACCGCCGGAACCAGCAGUUGAGCAGCCGCGACUGGGUUCUCCACCUCGAUGAAGAGUCGAUGAUUGAUGCGGAUGUCAUGGAUUCAUGCAUCGACUUCAUCACACGAAGUGACCUUGAUGUUGCCAUGGGUACUUUGCACUACAACGACGUGAACCACUGGAAGAACGGCUUCCUAACGACGGCCGAGACGCUCCGCAGCCAAGAAGACUUUGGAAAGUUUUCCUUCUCUGUCCGGACACGGAACAAGCCCAUGCUCGGUUGGAUGCACGGCUCAUGGAUCGUCAUCAACGGAGCCGUCGAAAACGCCGUGACUUGGGACACCGACUGCCAGGCCGAGGACUUCUGGUUCGCAUAUAACUCUUCGGCCAAGGGGUACCGGUUCGGCUGGAUCUGGAACACCGUCCACGAGCAACCGAAUGAAACCUUCCACGACUUCUGGAAGCAGCGUAGGAGAUGGUACACGGGAAUUCUCUCCAUCCCCAGCAUCGUCGUUCAAAUCUCGCUGGUCCUCGGCGUCAUCGGAGAAUUCGUGUACUGGAUUGGACCUGUCUACACGUCCCUCGGUGGUGCCUUCAUCAUCCCCAAAUGGCUUUACAUCUGGGGCUUGUGGCAUCUUUCCGUCGAUACUCAUAGUCUCAUGGUUGCAUCGUUCAUGCAAGACCUCACGGCACCAGCUGGGGUGACCUGGUUGCAGACGGUUCAACAUGCUCUCCAGACGAUCAUCCUGGCGCCGUUCGUACGACUUGUUCAAGUUGCUGCGCUUUUGACUUGUGUUUUCAAGCCCGCGAAAGGGUUCGAUAUUGUUUCGAAGAUCUAA